UAUAGUGACUAUUAAAGCACUUUUGCCAUAAAUAUGUCAAGUUUAGAUUUUUUUUAAAAUAUGAAAAAAUAUAUAAAUACCGUAUGACAAAUCUGAAAAGUAAACCGACUUUUGAAAAAUGGCCUGCAUAAUGCGUAAAGUGUUUCUGACAUUUGUAGUGGUAUUUGCUUUUUCUAGUUGUACUAAUGGACAAGGAGGGUUAUUAGGUAACACUCUUCAAGCUAUAUUAAAACUGUUAGAAUCCCUGCUUACGCAGACAGGCAACCUUACCGUCUCUCUUCUAACAGAUCUUUUAGGAUUAAAUCCUCUAACUAUAGGCUUGAACAGCACCCUAUCAGGUAUAAUAAAAACCUUGAAUGGAGGCCUCGGACUGACAGUACGUGAUGUACAAAACUUGUUGAAAUUGCUGAACGUCACCAGCAUCCUUCAGCUACCAUUUGGAACAUUGGAACAGCUUGCCCGAUACGUUAACAUUACCGCCAUAUUGGAGUUGGAAAAACGAAUAAAUAGGACUGUGUUUGGUUAAGGUUGAUUCACUCACUGGUCUUAACAUUAGAAAAUAAACGGUUAUGAAAUAA